AUGAAGUUCUCCAUUUUCUCCCUCGCCGCCUUCGCCGGCACUGUCCUCGCGCAGAAUGCCUCCUCCAUCAACUUCUGCCAGGUCACAAAUCUCGAGCAGUAUAUCAACCUCGCGCCCACUUGCGCCCACUACUGCGAGCGCCUUGCUCUGACCACCGACGGCUGCGGCGCGGACGACUUCCUCUGCCACUGCGGUGCCGCGUGGGAAGUUGCCGAGGUUAUCCAGGCGUGCAUCUUCAACCCGGCAACCUCAAACUGCACCACUGCCGAGAUUGACCAGUUCGGCGCCAUCUACUACGGCCUCUGCGGCUUCUGGAACUCCACCUCCGCGAACGCUUCGGCUUCUGCUUUCGCCUGCGGUGCUGGUGGCUGCGCGCCUUCCACCUCCGUCUCGACUGCCACCGUCUCUGUCCCAGUGACCGUCACUGAGGUCCACACCACGACUGCAUACGCUGCCCAGUUCACUAGGGCUUGGGGCGGAGGCAGGGGCGGCUGGAAGUACUAUCACGACUAG